AUGGUUGAGUCAAAAAUAUCCGAUUGCUUUAAAAUUAAUUUUGCACAUCUUAGGAUCUUUGGAGUAUGGUCUCAUUAUAAUACGUCAAAAAUCUAUAAAUGUUAUUUAGUUAUGUUUCUUCUUGUAAAUCUUUUCACUUAUAACGCAUUGCUUGUAUUAAAUAUGUUAUUUACGCCUCCAAAGAUAGAUUUAUUGAUCAGAGAAGUAAUUUUUUUAUUUACCGAAGUGGUGGUUACUUCGAAAGUUUUAAUGGUAAUUUUACUGCGUGAAAAACUCCUUUAUGCCUUCGAUAUAUUAGAUUGCGAGGCUUUUAAAGGUGAAGAUGAAGCCAGCAGACAAAUUGUUAAAAGCUACGUCGCUAAGUACAAAACUUAUUGGAAAAUAAACGCUAUUCUUGGGAACUUUAGUUAUUCUUCACGAGUAUUUCUGCCGAUAUUCGGGUAUUUGAUAUUCAACACGACAUUGGAGUUGCCGAUAUGCAAAUAUUAUUUCUUAGAUAAUGAAAUUAUUCGACGAUAUUUUGUAUUCUGGUUCAUAUACCAAUCGGUGGGAAUGUAUGCUCAUAUGCAGUAUAAUGUUAACAUUGAUACGUUAAUUGCUGGACUGUUGAUCAUACCAGUAGCACAAUUAAAAGUGCUGAAUAUUAAAUUUAGCAACUUUAAAAUAGAUGAUAAUUUCUCGAAAGAAAUUAAAAAAAGAGAAGCUUUACAGAACCUUAAAUUAUAUAAGUAUUUACGACAUUACGAGCUAAUUCUCAAGUAUUGUUCGACUAUACAGGACAUCAUAGGUAUUACAAUGUUUGUCCAAUUCGGCAUGGCGUCUGUGAUAAUUUGUGUUGUUUUGUGUGGAUUACUUCUGCCUUCGACAAUAGAAACGAUGAUGUUUAUGGUGGGUUAUUUAAUCGUCAUGGUCUUAGAAAUAUUUGUGCCUGCUUUGUUGGGUACUCUACUUAGUCACGAAAGUCAAAAACUGGUAUUCGCAGCGUAUAGCAGCGAAUGGAUACCAAGAUCUGAAGGAUUUAAACGAAGUCUUAAUUUGUUUAUGGAACGAGCAAAAUGUAAUAUUGUGCUAACAUGUUGGAGGAUAUUUCCACUUUCACUUGAAUUAUUUACAGCGAUUAUUAAAACAGCCUAUUCAUUUUUCACUCUCGUUCGAAAUUUCCAAGUGCGUGAAUCAGAUUAAAUAAAACGAUGCUAUUCAUGUACUCCUAAAUAUUUAUACCUAUCAUCUAGUGCAAGUUGUUUGAAAGUUUCGCCACUCAGAAGUAUGUGCCCACCACCUAAUGCUAUGUUUCUGUGUCCUGCAUUUAAAUGUAAUACGUUGCAUUUCUCCAAACCAAAUUUCAUACCUAUAUCGCUUAUGGAAGUCGAACGACCAACUACUACACUAAAUAAGACAUUAAAGAUUUGGAAAUAUUUGGGUUUAUGGGAUUGUGGAACAAACAAAACUCUUUACAAAUAUUAUUCUUAUACUUUCAUUUUUGGGAUAUUGAUAUUAUACAACAUACAGCAAACAAUCAGUUUGAUCUACAUACCACGAAAAAUUGAUAUCAUGAUCAAAGAAGUAACAUUUUUCUUCAGCGUAGUAGCUAUAACGAUAAACGUGUUCAUGAUUUUAAUUCAUAGGAGAACCAUUAUUAAAGUCCUUGCUUCAUUAGAUAGUAAGGAAUUUCAAGAAACAGACAACGCAACAAAUGAGAUAAUCAACAAGGAUAUGGUGAAAUAUAAAUUGUACUGGAACGGACUAAUGGGAUUGGCGCACUUCGCGUAUACCAUGAAAGACAUAGUUCCUAUAUUUGCAAAUUUUGGUAUCAGCUCUUAUCACAUUUCACUGCCGACGUUCAAUUAUUUCUUUUUAAGUGAAAAGACAAAGAACAAAUAUUUCGCUUGGCUUUUUGGUUACGAAAUUGUAGCCAUCUAUGCUAUUAUGUUGUACGAUGUCACCAGUGAUGUCUUUAUGAACGGGAUCCUGUUUUAUUCAAUAACACAAAUUAAAAUACUAAACUACAGAUUAAAACAUCUUAAAGUCGAAGAAGAUGCAGAUAUAUCGAGAGAAGCUCGAGAAAUAUUGUACGUAAAAAAACUAAAACAAUGUUUAAAACAUUAUGCUUGCAUUUUAAAAUAUUGUAGCGAUGUUCAAAGCGUAACUGGCGUGAUUAUGUUCGUGAAAUAUGGAUUAGGAUCUAUGAUUAUUUGUGUAAUAUGGUGCGGACUACUUUUGGUUAGUACUAAUAUGGAAGCAAUCUUAUUCAUGGUUUUUUAUCUAUGUGCAAUGCUUUUACAAAUUUUUCUUCCUAGUUGGCUUGGCACGCAACUUUCUAAUCAGAGUCAAGAGUUAGUGUUCGCGGCGUACAAUAGCGACUGGAUCCCAAGGACUGAACCAUUUAAAAGGAGUAUCCAGGUUUUUAUGGAACGCGCUAAAACUCCAAUUGUGAUCGUUGGCUUGAAGUUGUUCCCAUUGUCACUUGAAACGUUUACUUCCAUAAUGAAGACAACGUAUUCUUUUGUUACACUAGUAAGAAACUUUCAAGAACACGAAGAAAAUAGUAUAUAAUACAUGGCGAGUACAAAAGUCACGUCGAAUUGAAGUAGAAAUUGAAACAAAUGAAAUUUUUAGGAAGUUUUAGCUUUAGGCGUAUCCAUAAUAUAUAUUAUGUAUACAUCUCUAAGCCAUAUACAAAAAAUAUAACGAGUAUGCCCUUAACCACACGAAUGAAGUACAACUUACAAAACGUAACCCUCUCUCUUUUUAUCUUUAUAAUAAUAAUAAUAAUUAGUAUUAAUAAGCACAAGAAAGGUUUACAGAUACUUAAAUUGUGGCUUCUUCUUUUCUUCUUUUUGGCUUGUUUUUUCUUGUGUAUGGCUUUGAAAUGGUAGAUUAUAUGUUAUUUAAUUUAUUUCAUAAUAAAUAAAUAAAUAAAAAAUAA